CCCCACGUCGGCGCGUCAGGGGUCCUUCCGUGCGCGUUGAUAUGAUUGGCCGGCGAAAAAGUGGUUCUCUUCCUCCCUGGCUGCCCGAGGAUCACCCGCCAUCAUGAAUGACACAGUAACUAUCCGGACCAGGAAGUUCAUGACUAACCGACUACUUCAGAGGAAACAAAUGGUCAUUGAUGUCCUUCACCCUGGGAAGGCAACAGUACCAAAGACAGAAAUUAGAGAAAAACUAGCCAAAAUGUACAAGACCACACCUGAUGUCAUCUUCGUAUUUGGAUUCAGAACUCACUUUGGUGGUGGGAAGACAACGGGCUUUGGCAUGAUUUACGAUUCUUUGGAUUAUGCAAAGAAAAAUGAACCCAAACAUAGACUUGCAAGGCAUGGCCUGUACGAGAAGAAAAAGACAUCAAGAAAGCAGCGAAAGGAACGCAAGAACAGAAUGAAGAAAGUCAGGGGGACUGCAAAGGCUAAUGUUGGUGCUGGCAAAAAGAAGGUAACAUACUUUGAGAAGCUACGUAUGGUAGUGUCUUACCUCAGUAGAGUAGCUUGUCCCACCCCUCACAGAAUAGCAUAACGAGGGCCACAUUGGUUCAUGAUUGCAUUGAGUAUUUUUCAAGCCCCAUCACCAAAAGUUUUCAUUUUAUUACUAAUUGGCAAACACUGUUAAAGGGGAGCAGAUCUUGCUCCCUGGGAUUUAACUUACUUACUUAACAUGGUACUGGACACUGGUUUAAGAAGCAGUUGGAUCAACGUGGCUCACGUGUUUUCCUGGCACACUGGAGAGACAGCAAAGGAUCUCAGAUUGCUUUCCUCUCCAGUUGGCCAUGACCUAAGUGAUUUUAAUGAUAAGCAGUUUCCCAGCUUUGCCAGCUACAAAUAGUUGAAAUAGUUGUGCAUUGUAAAUAAUUUGAAUAGAAUUAAGGUGUUGGGUUGUUAAAUUACAAAUAAUCAAGUGUUCUGUGAAAUUUUUUUUUUUUUUUUGCUUUUCCCUUCUACUUCUUGGAUUUCUUGUUCAUCAGAAAUGAAGUGUCUAGCAGGUACUGAGAUUAUGAGCACGGUGUGGGGAUGCAUCACCUUCACUGAGUUUGCUUUGAUGCUUUGCAUGUUGGCUUUUGGACAACAGUUUAUAGUGUGGUCUAUUACAAUGCCAGUGAUAUCUAAGAUAGUGUAUAAUGAACAAAGGAGGAAAACUCUUUAAUCAUGUUUAAUUUGUAACUCAAAAAUGCAUGUUAACACGAUGAAGUGACUUAUUGGAGGAAGGUGGAUGCACUACCCAAUGGACAUCUUUUAACUUCCACUUGAGAAAUGCUGUGUCCCAGAGAAUCACAGUAAGGAAAUGGCUUUACUUAACCCUGGGCUUGGGAAAGGUUCUCAUCCAGGGCACCGUCUUUCCCUCUGGAGCCAGGAAACCAGAUGAUUCUCUGGCAGCUGUGGUAACUGGUGCAUAAAACCUGGCAACACCUCUGUCUUGGUAUCUGCUCAAAGCUGCCUUUGACCAUUUUCAUUGUUCCUUAUUAACUAAACUCUAAAAUUCAGCCUAGUGCCUUUUUUUGGAGACAGUCUCACUCUUUUGCCCUUAGGUGAGAGCCUCCUAGCCUCAAACUCCUGGGUUCAAGUGAUCCUCCUGCUUCAGCCUUCCAGCUUACAGCAACCUCAAACUCCUGGGUUCAAGUGAUCCUCCUGCCUCAGCCUUCUGAUUAGCUGCGACUACAGGCACCUGGCAAUGCUCAGAUAAUUUUUCUAUUUUUAGUAGAGAUGGGGUCUCAUCUUGCUCAGACUGGCCUUGAAUUCCUGAGCUGAAGGGAUCCUGACUCUGCCUUCCAAAGUGCUAGGAUCACAGCCAUCUUUUUUUAAAAUAGAAAAAGUUUUUUUUUUUUUUGAGACUUAGUCUCAGUGUUUUGCCCUCGGGUAGACUGCUGUCGAGUCAUAGCUCAUAGCAACUUCAAACUCUUGGGUUUAAGCAAUUUUCUUGCCUUAGCCUCCCAAGUAGCUGGGACUACAGAUGCCUGCCACAAUGCCUAGCUUAUUGUAAUUUCAUUUCAUUCAUUUUAAUUUGUAUUUUUUACUUAUUUUUAUUAUUUUAUUUGUUUUUAUUUAAUUUUUUUGAGACAGUGUCUCAAGCUGUCACCCUGGGUAGAGUGCUGAGGUGUCAAUAGCUCACAGCAACCUCCAACUUUUGCGAUUCUCUUGCCUCAGUUUUUCUAUUUUUAGUAGAAAUGAGGGGGUCUCAACUUUUGCUCAUGUUGGUCUUGAACCUGUGAGUUCAAGCAGUCCACCUGCCUCGGCCUCCCAGAGUGCUAGGAUUUCAGGCGUUACCUACUGUGCCUGGCCUAAAAUAGAAAAACUUUUGAGGUAAUUUUAUAUUCACAUCAAAGUCUUUGGUAGAUACACUUUUUCCAUAAGUAUUUGGUCAGAAUGACCCCCUACCCCAUUUUGAACAUAUUUUGCACAUUUGCACAGCCCAUGUUUGUAAUGGGUAGAGGGCUAAGAGUGGGAUGAGGGUAGUGGAGUUUUGAAACAGUAUGGCUGCUGCUUCUGUGGUUUUCCUUUUGCAAUCACUCCCUGCCAAGCAAGGCAAUAAACUUAGUAUUGGCCACCCAGGACUAAUUCCCAGUGCCAUGGAGUUUGUGGUAAUGAAUGAGCUGCGUGCAGAGCACUCACUACUGAGAACUUCCUGUUUCUGAACGUGUAGCUGUUGAGAGAAAUAGCACAGUCAGAGUUUGUCUCCUAACCUAGGUGUGAAGGACGUCUAACCAUGAUUCUUUUCUUCAUUCAGCUUUUGAGUCUCAAGAGUUAAUGUGCUCAGCCUUUGAGUCCCACUUAUACAGAGGGGCUACCAGUGGGGACUUGGGCCAUCAAGGUUCCUGCAUCAAGUUGAGCUGGUGCAUCUACUAGCACUACUCUGAAAAGCCAGUGGAAAAUGAAUGCAUGAAUGAGCACAUAAUGUUAUUUGGCUCCAAAAAAAAAUUGCCAGGCAUAGCUAUGUAUUUUUAUUUUUUUUAAACAUUCUUUUUUUUUUUGUGGUUUUUGGCCAGGGCUGGGUUUGAACCCGCCACCUCCGGCAUAUGGGACCGGCGCCCUACUCCUUGAGCCACAGGCGCCGCCCGUAUAGCUAUGUAUUUUUUAAUCACUGUUUUGUUCAGAUGUUAGAAUCAGUAUUUGUUAUUAUUGCCUUUUGGUUGCAGCGUUUUAUUUAAUGAAUGAAUGAAUGAAUUUUGAGAUAGUCUCAUUGUUGCUCCAGGCUAGAGUGUUAUGACAUCAUAGCUCACAGCAACCUCAAACUCCUGGGCUCUAGUGAUCCUCUUGCAUCAGCCACCUGAGUAACUGGGAUUACAGGUGUGUGUCACCACGCCUGGCUAAUUUUUUUCCUAUUUUUAGUGGAGAUGGGAGUCUCUGCUUUUGCUCAGGGUGGUCUCAAUCUGCUGAGCUCAAAGGAUCCACCCGCCUCAGCCUCCCAGAGUCCUAGGAUUACAGGCCUGAGCCACAGCAAACAGGCAUAAGCAGUCUCAUAUUUGAAGAACAGUUGUAUUUUUACUUAAUCUAACUUAUGCCUCUUCUAAAAUACUAAUUUGUGUUACUUUUUGGCUGUGAAUGGUGUCUUUUUAUUAUUAUUUUUUUUUUUGAGACAGUCUCAAGCUAUCGCCCUGGGUAGAGGGCCCUGGCAUCAUGGCUCACAGCAACCUCAAACUCUUGGGCUUAAGUGAUUGUCAUGCCUCAGCCUCUCAAGUAGCUGGGACUACAGGCGCCUACCACAACGCCCAGCUAUUUUUUGGUUGCAGUUGUGAUUGUUGCUUAGCAGGCCUGGGCUGGGUUUGAACCUGUCACCCUAGGUGUAUGUGGCUGGUGCCCUGCUGACUGAGCUGUGGGCACUGCCACAAUGUGUUUUUUUUUUUUUUUGUAGAGACAGAGUCUCACUUUAUGGCCCUCGGUAGAGUGCUGUGGCCUUACACAGCUCACAGCAACCUCCAACUCCUGGGCUUAAGCGAUUCUCUUGCCUCAGCCUCCCGAGUAGCUGGGACUACAGGUGCCGACCACAACGCCUGGCUGUCUUUUGGUUGCAGUUUGGCUGGGGCCGGGUUUGAACCCGCCACCCUCGGUAUAUGGGGCCGGCGCCUUACUGACUGAGCCAUAGGCGCCGCCCUGUUUUUUUAUUUUUUUUAAGACAAGGCCUCAAGCUGUCACCCUGGAUAGAGUGCCAUAGCAUCACAGCUCACAGAAACCUUCAACUCCUGGGCUUAAGUGAUUCUCUUGCCUCAGCCUCCCAGGUAGCUGGGACUAUAGGUGCCCGCCACAAGGCCUGGCUAUUUUUUGGUUGUAGUUGUCGUUGUUUGGCAGGCCCAGGCUGGAUUCGAACCUGCCAACUCUGGUGUAUGUGGCUGGCGCCUUAGCUGCUUGAGCUACAGGCACCAAGCCAACAAUGUUUUAUUUUUUUUUUACCAAGCCAACAAUGUUUUAUUUUUAUUUAUUUAUUUAUUUAUUUAUUUAUUGAGACAAAGUCUACUCUUUGGGUAGAGUGCUGUAGCAUCACAGCUCACAGCAACCUCUAACUCUUGGUAUUAAGCGAUUCUCUUGGUGCAGCUGCCUGAGUAGCUGGGACUACAGGUGCCCACCACAAUGCCUGGCUAUAUUUUUGUUGCAGUUGUCAUUGUUGUUUAGCAGGACCAUGUUGGGUUUGAACCUGCCUGCCUUGGUGUACGUGGCUGGCACCCUACCCACUGAACUACAGGUGCCACCGUGAAUGGUGACUUCCACACUGAAAAAAAAAUUGUUUUUCUUGGGGCUAUGGCGUUUUUAUUAGGUCGAGGUAGGUCAAGAGAUGUAAGUUGUAUAUGCUGCUUCAUGGGCCCCUGGGCUCAAAACUAGCAUAAGAAGCAUAUAACUCCUGGGUGGCGCCUGUGGCUCAGUGAGUAGGGCGCCGGCCCCAUAUACUGAGGGUGGUGGGUUCAAACCCAGCUCCGGCUGAACUGCAACCAAAAAAUAGGUGGGUGUUGUGGCGGGCGCCUGUAGUCCCAGCUGCUUGGGAGGCUGAGGCAGGAGAAUCACGAAAGCCCAAGAGCUGGAGGUUGCUGUGAGUCCUGUGACAUCAUGGCACUCCACCAAGGGUGGUAAAGUGACACUCUGUCUCUACAAAAAAAAAAAAAAAAAGUCCACUUGGAUUGUGAGGAGAGCCCUUGGAAAAAAUACCUACUUGGCUAGGCGCAGUGGCUCACUCCUAUAAUCCCAAUACUCUGGGAGGCUGAGGGGGAAGAAUUGCUUGAGGCCAGGAGUUCAAGACCAGCCUGGACAAUAUGGUGAGAUCCUUUCAUCACUACAAAAAGUUAAAAAAAAGAA